GGCGCGCGACCCCCGGCUUGGCGGCGCCUUUGCUCUCGCGCACGAUGCGGCUGCACCUUGCUCUCCUAGCUCUUGCCACCGCGCUGCCCUCGGCCCGCGCAGAGUCACACUGGUGCUACGAGAUUCAAGCCAAGGCCACCAACUACUCCUGCUUGGGGCCAGACAAUUGGGGUGCAGACUGUGAGAAAGACCGCCAGUCCCCCAUUAACAUCGCCAUCACCAAGACGAAGUUGGACCCAAACCUGGGACGCUUUUUCUUCUCUGGCUAUGAUAAGAAGAAAACCUGGACCGUCGAAAACAAUGGGCACUCAGUGAAGGUGUUGCUAGAAGAGGAGGCCACAAUCUCUGGAGGAGGACUGGCCGCACAGUACCGGGCCACGCAGCUGCACCUGCACUGGUCCAACAUGCUGGACUGGGGCUCAGAGCACACCCUCGACGGGGAGCGCUUUGCCAUGGAGAUGCACAUAGUACAUCAGAAAGAGGCAGAUGAGACAGAUACCGAGAACUCUGAUGACGAGGUGGCAGUGCUGGCCUUUAUGGUGGAGGCCGGGUCCAUAGUGAAUGAUGGCUUCGAGCCCCUGGUGGAUGCUCUGUCUCAUAUCCCCAGACCUGAGAUGAGCACCACGAUGAAAGAGAGCAGCCUGUUGGACCUGCUCCCCAAGGAGGAGAAACUGAGGCACUACUUCCGCUACCUGGGCUCUCUCACCACACCAAACUGCGAUGAGAAUGUUGUCUGGACUGUGUUCCAGGAGCCCAUUCAGCUCCACAGAGACCAGAUCCUGGCAUUCUCCGAGAGGCUGUACUACGACAGCACGCAGCAACUGAACAUGACCGACAACAUCAGGCCCCUGCAGCACCGGGGGGAGCGCACGGUGUUCAGGUCCCAGGCCCCAGGACAGCUGCUGCCCUUGCCCCUGACUGCCUUGCUGGUCCCCACACUCGCCUGCAUGAUGGCUGGCUUCCUUCGAUAAUGUCUCACUUCUGGACACGUGACCUCUGACCUCCGCCCUUAGAGGGCUUGGGCCUCCAUUCCUCAGGCUUUCCAAGUUGGAUU